UGUUGAAAAUGAAAGUACCGUAAAAUCUCGCGAGAUAAAAACUUGCCAACAAACUGGGACGAAACAAUUUGACAGCCGUAUGCAGCUCGGAAGAUCAAGCUAUUUUGGAGAUUUAUUCAUCAAUGGCUAGAUGAUUGUAAAAGUGGUGGUUCUAGUGUGUACAGACAGACGGACAGAAUGCGUCGCAAACAUGUUAUCUUCUUUGUUGUGGUGAUGUUUCUCACGUGGAACAUGUUGAUGUAUGUUACCCUGGUAACGAAAUCACCAAAUGCACUGCAACAUCACCAUGGAGAUGUCAAGGUCAAACUUAAUGACCUUCAAGAGCAAAUUGUUCUUCAGAUUCAAGAAAAUGAGAAAAUUUUACACGAUCUUCGUAAGUUGAGGAGUGAGACAGAACAAAAGCAGAAGCAGCCAAGUAAUGAAGUAGUGAGUCAAGCUGUCCCUAAGAUUGUAAAACCUAAUAACACAGGUGGUCUAGAGAAUAAACUUAGUUAUAACAAAGUGAAAGCUGAUAAUGUUAUACUUCCUAUCUUAAUGAUUGCCUGUAAUAGGGCUGAUGCCAUACAACGAAGUUUAGAUCUUGUACUGAAAUAUCGACCAGAUGCUAAAAGAUUCCCUAUUAUUGUAAGUCAAGAUUGUGGCCAUGAAGAAACUGCAAAUAUGAUACAGAAAUACGUCACAGAACAUGAUGUCAUACAUAUUAAACAACCAGAUUUGGGUAAAGUAAAUGUUCCAUGGCCACAGAGAAAGUUUGAGGGGUAUUACAAGAUUUCCAGGCAUUAUAAAUUUGCAUUAAAUCAAGUAUUUCAUACCUACAACCACUCAGCAGUAAUUAUUGUGGAAGAUGAUUUGGACAUCUCACCAGAUUUCUUUGAGUAUUUUGCUGCCACAUUUAGAGUGUUAAUGUCAGAUAAUUCACUAUGGUGUGUAUCAGCAUGGAAUGAUAAUGGUAAACGUGGAAUGGUGAAAAAUGAUCCAGAGUUAUUACAUAGGACAGAUUUUUUCCCUGGACUUGGUUGGAUGAUGGAAAGAAACAUGUGGCUAGAGCUUGGUCCCAAAUGGCCAGAUGCGUUUUGGGACGACUGGAUGAGACAUCCGGACCAGAGAAAAGAUCGUUCAUGUAUACGUCCUGAGAUCAGUAGGACUAGUACAUUUGGUAAAAAAGGUGUUAGCAAGGGACUAUUUUUUGAGAAACAUUUAAAGUUUAUACAGUUGAAUGAGAAAUAUGUGGCUUUUACACAGAAAGAUCUCUCCUACCUUAUUAAGGAGAAUUAUGACCCAGCAUUCCACAAGUUUAUUUAUGAUUUACCUGAGGUCUCACUGAAGGAAGUAGCUACAGAUAAUACUAAACAUUUAUCUGAGGUUAGGGUUACAUACAGGACAAAACCUGACUUUAAAGCUAUAGCCAAACAUUUGGGUAUUAUGGAUGAUUUUAAGGCUGGUGUAGAAAGAACAGCGUAUAGGGGAGUGGUCAGCAUUACUUUUAAAGAUCAACGUGUACAUGUAGCUCCACCAGUAGAAUGGAAAAAAUACGAUCUAACUUGGACUUGAUGGCACCUGUACUUUAAAUAGUUAAUUAAUAUUUUACCAAAGUUAUUAUUCUAGUGAUUGUUAUGCUGUUCUUGUCAUUACGAUGUUUGUAUUUUAGGUUUUAAUUGUCUAUACAAAAUAGGUAUAUAUCUACAUACAGUAUAGAGAAUAUAGGGCUUCCGUGGCCCAGUGGUUAAGGUUGUUGACUUCAAACCAUUUGCCCCUCACUGCUGUGGGUUAAAAUCUCUUCAGGGAAUCGGAUUUUUUUUCAUGUGAGGAAGCUAUCCAGGUAGCUUAUGGAACGUCGGUGGUUCUACUCAGGUUUCCUUUCAUGCCUGAAAUAAUGCACGGAAGGGCACCUGAGGUCUUCCUCCACCAGUAAAGCUGGAACGUCACCAUAUGACCUAUACUGUGUCGGUGCAAUGUAAAACUCAAUUAAACAAACUAUAGACAAUAGGUAUAUAUCUACAUACACUAUAGGGAAUAGGUAUUUAUCUACAUAGAGGAGAAUAUUUGUUCAUUGACAUAAGUUGUUAAAUUUAUUUUAACAUGCAUGUUAGAGGCUUUUUUUCAAGUGUACUUAAAUUAUGAGUUAAUGAU